AUGGAGGCGACUCGAGGGACCAUCUUGGCGCUCCUUCUGUUGGGGGCAAUCGGAUCAUCCCACUCCAACGAUGAGGAGAAGGACCCAGAGUUCUGGAGGUCUCAGGCCAGGAGCUCUCUGCAGUCUGCACUGGACCGCCAGCCCAACACCAACGUGGCCAAGAACAUUGUGUUUUUCCUGGGAGAUGGUAUGGGAAUCACAACCUACACAGCAGCUCGUAUCCUGAAGGGACAGUUGCAGAACCAGACAGGAGAGGAGACGGUGAUGACCAUGGACACCUUCCCUUACGUGGGCCUGGCGAAGACCUACAGCGUGGACUUCACGAUCCCUGACAGUGCAGCCACGGCCACGGCCUACCUGUGCGGCGUGAAAACCAACAUGAACAUUGUGGGCGUGAGCGCGGCGGGCCGCAACACCGUCUGCAACACACAGAGCGGCAACGAGGUCACGUCCAUCUUGAAGUGGGCCAAAGAUGCAGGUAAGUCUGUUGGCAUUGUGACCACCACCCGGGUGCAGCACGCCACUCCGGCUGCCGCCUACGCCCACAGCGUGAGCAGGUCGUGGUACAGCGACGCCGACCUGCCCGACAGCGCCAAGACGGACGGCUGCACCGACAUCGCGUCACAGCUCAUCAAAAACAUUGACAUCGAUGUGAUCAUCGGCGGUGGCAGGAAGUACAUGACCCCAAAAGGCACCCAGGACCCCGAGUACCCCUGGGACUACUCAUCCCGGGGCCAGAGGACAGACGGACGUGAUCUAAUCAAAGAGUGGCAGAGCUCCAAGAUGGCGGGAAAGGUAGCCAACUACGUUUGGGAUAAAACCAAUUUCGAUGCUGUUGACCCUGAAACCACCGACUACCUCAUGGCUCUGUUUGAACCCGGUGAUCUUCAGUUUGAGGAGGACAGGGAGCCAAGCAUGGAGCCGUCCAUCGUGGAGACCACAGAAAAGGCCAUCCGCAUCCUGCGGAAAAACCCCAACGGCUUCUUCCUGCUGGUGGAGGGUGGGCGUAUUGACCAGGCUCACCACGACGGCCGGGCGUACAUGGCCCUCCACGAGACGGUCGCCUUUGACUACGCCAUUGAAAAGGCUCUGGAACUGACUGACGAGAAAGAAACUCUCACAGUGGUGAUGGCUGACCACUCCCACCCCCUCACCUUCAACGGGUUUCCGUUCCGUGGGCAGAGCAUCCUGGGUAAAUCUCCGCUGUGGGCUACAGACUUGCUGCCUUUCACCACACUGAUGUACGGAAAUGGACCGGGACACAAAAUCGUGAAUGGCAAACGCCCUGAUAUCCGCAACGUCACCACAGACGCCAAAGACUACGUCCAGCUGUCUGCCGCCCCCUUACAGUCGACCACGCACAGCGGGGAGGAUGUGGCAGUGCUGGCCCGCGGACCGAUGGCCCACCUUCUGCAGGGUGUGUUCGAGCAGAACUACGUGGCCCACGCUAUGGGCUACGCUGCCUGCGUGGGCGCCGACCUGAGGCACUGCCAGACGCCUCCAGCUUCUCAACCCACCACCACAGACACGAACGGCGCCGGGACAGCCGGCGUAUCGGCAACGCUGCUCGGCAGCCUGGUCAGCGUGAUGCUAACCUUCACGCUGCUGGUGUGA